AUGGGUCAGAAUCAGUCUGGCAUGGGCGGUGGCGGCGAUGGACAAGAUGGCAAGGAUAAGAAGAAGGAUAAGCCCAAGUACGAGCCUCCCCCGAGACCAACGACCCGCGUCGGGCGCAAGAAGAGAAAGGCCCCUGGCACCAGCGCCGCUGCCAAGCUGCCUGCCGUCUACCCAAGCCAGCGAUGCAAACUACGUCUGUUACGAAUGCAACGUAUCCACGACCAUUUACUGUUGGAGGAAGAGUAUGUCGAGAAUCAAGAACGUCUGAGGAAAGCCAAGGCCGCAAAGGACAGCUCCGGACCCGCCACCGAUGUCGACGCUGCUGAUCGCUUGGCCGACGAGCGCGGUCGCGUGGAUGAUAUGCGAGGUAGCCCUAUGGGCGUCGGUACGCUUGAGGAGAUGAUCGAUGAUGACCAUGCCAUCGUGUCUAGCACUACUGGACCAGAGUACUACGUCAGCAUCAUGAGCUUCGUCGACAAGGAUCUCUUGGAACCCGGAGCCAGCGUCCUCUUGCACCACAAGAGUGUCAGUAUCGUCGGUGUCUUGACCGAUGACACCGAUCCUCUCGUCAGCGUCAUGAAGCUUGACAAGGCACCAACCGAGUCGUAUGCCGAUAUUGGUGGCUUGGAGCAGCAAAUCCAGGAAGUUCGUGAGUCCGUUGAGCUGCCGCUGCUCCAUCCCGAGCUGUAUGAGGAGAUGGGAAUCAAGCCGCCCAAGGGUGUCAUUCUAUACGGUGCGCCAGGAACGGGAAAGACACUGCUUGCCAAAGCUGUUGCAAACCAGACUUCAGCUACCUUCUUGCGUAUCGUAGGCUCGGAACUCAUCCAGAAGUAUCUCGGUGAUGGUCCCCGUCUGGUUCGCCAGCUCUUCCAGGUCGCUGCUGAAAAUGCUCCCUCGAUUGUGUUCAUCGACGAAAUCGACGCUAUUGGCACGAAACGAUACGAGUCUACGUCUGGUGGUGAGCGCGAAGUCCAGCGAACUAUGCUUGAGCUUCUGAAUCAGCUUGAUGGUUUCGAUGAUCGAGGCGAUGUCAAGGUCAUCAUGGCGACCAACAAGAUCGAGACUCUUGACCCUGCCUUGAUUCGCCCUGGCCGUAUCGACCGCAAGAUCCUGUUUGAGAACCCCGACCAGAACACCAAACGCAAGAUCUUCACACUGCAUACCUCCAAGAUGUCUCUCAACGAAGACGUGGAUCUCGAGGAGUUCAUUGCGCAGAAAGACGACCUCUCAGGUGCCGACAUCAAGGCCAUUUGCUCAGAGGCUGGCCUGAUGGCUCUGCGGGAGAGACGUAUGCGCGUGCAGAUGGCGGAUUUCCGGGCCGCCCGUGAGAGAGUUCUUCGCACGAAGCAGGAGGGUGAGCCUGAAGGGUUGUAUUUGUAG